CUCGCAGCAUCGUGUUGUGAUUGUGUGUGAGGUUUUUUUCUUCUUCUUCUUCUCUAUACGGCGGCAUCGCAUCGCUCCUCUAACAGCCUCUAGUAAACACUCGGUAUGUCGGCGUGAGCGUUAAGACAGACAGAAGGGACUGCGCGUUUCCCGGAGUGAAUAUGAAGUCCCUGCGCCUGUGGAUCCUCCUCGGGGUGAUGAGCGCAUGUCAGCAGCUCGCGACCACUUCUCCUACAUACGGCUGUUUGUUUGAUGGGGGUCUUUGCUCCAGUGGGCAGGCCUGUUGGGAUGAUGAGUUGUUUGGGCAGUGCCUUACACAGCAGCAAGAGAGAUUUCGCUACAGGGUGACUGCAGGCUUACUGGACAGACUGCAAUCUUUAUUGCAAAUGCUCAUGAGAAAAGGGCUGACCUGGCAGGAUGAAGCCACCCAAUCAAUCAUAGAUAAGGAACUUGGCCUGGUUGAGAAGAUUCCACUGUCAUCUGUUGUGAAGAAUGCUCCCUCCUCUAAAUCUGUUGGAGGAACAACAGACCAGAUAAACCCCAAACUCCAGCACUACAUGGACUACACCAUUGUUGAUCCUCCUCAGUCCUCACUUCACAUGCAAAGGCUGGAACCUUAUACCUACCAAAAGUACGGUUACCAAGAUCAAGAGGAACGCUCUCUAAACCUGGUGGAUGGAAACAUGUACCCGUCAUCAUCUUCCAAAAUGACAAGGCCUCGCCCUAAUGCUCUGGAUAAGGACACACAGCUUUUUCAGGACCUAAUGUCCCUCUUGCUCUCCUCUCCUGCACAGCCCACCACUCGCCACCGGGUGGCGACGCCCCUCUCUACUUCACCUUUCUUCCAGGAGCUUGAAUUCCCGCUGGAUUAUAGCAAAGACUACAUUUCCCAGGAUGUGAGGGCCAAUAGCCAGGAACAGAAAAAGAAGUCCUCCAAGGUGUAUAGGCCUGACUAUGAAGACCCUACUCAGCAGAGUCUGAAUGAGCUGCUACUGCAACAUGGCUUUGAUCUGACUCAUCUAAACCCUGGAGAGAUGGAACGUCUCUUUACUGUCCUGGAUCUUCUGCAGAAUGAACCUCCAAACACACAGAAUCAGGAUCAUACUGUCGAUUCAUCAACUGCACAGAAACUGAUGAUCUCUGAGGGUAAAAUGACCCACAGGGCACAAAAAGCUCCAGUUCCAGCCAUCUCCUCAACUUCCUCUGCUGUUGUGGAGAGCCCAGACAUUGAUGGAUCUACAAAAAGCAAUGAUAUUAAAGAGGAAGCAAGUGUAGAGGCUCCUGCAGCUUUGCUAAAACAGGAAAAAGGGUGGAAGGUAGAGGAAAAGGGGUGGAAAGGAGUCCCCAAUACAACACCCGCAAAGAAUCAAACCAAAUACAAAGAAGAAUAUGGAUAUAUUGUUACAAACAAGAGUCCCCUCUCUCUGUUUGAUGGCGUUCGUCUUUUGGUGGCCUUGACUAAGAGGAUCCAUCUCACCAUUGGCUCUUUUAUAAACAUCAGCGUGGUAGGUCCAGCUCUCACGUUCCAAGUUCGCCCAAACAGCCAGAACCUGUCAAAUGCUGAAGUGGCAGAGAAGGCUGCAGUGGCUGAGAAGAACUUUCUAGAGUCUGAAACUGGCCUGAAUGUGCUGCAGGCAGGUGUUGGAGAGAAAAAUGAUGGAAUGCCAGUGGCAACACGUGUGCGCAAAAGCACCCAGUGGGUGUUUCUUAUGUUUGUGGUCGCGGCUUGUGUGGGUGGGCUCUUAGUGGGCUCAUUAACUAUUGCAUGUUUGCGUAGCCAUGCUCAACAACUGGCCUCCAGGAAGUUAGGUCUGGGUCCAGAGGCAGGCAGUGCCACACACUAUGCGUACCAGGAUCUCUGUAGGCAGCACAUGGCUGCUAAAUCCUCCUCGGGAAGGGAAGAGAGUGGGGUCUCUACAGGAGGGAGCGGGACAGGAGGUGCAGUAGGAGGAGGCGGAACGGAUACUUCGAGGGUCAGUAGCGUAUCGUCUCAGUUCAGUGAUGCCCCACAGGCCAGCCCCAGCUCACACAGCAGCACUCCAUCUUGGUGUGAGGAGCCAGCGCAGUCAAACAUGGACAUCUCCACUGGCCACAUGAUACUGGCAUAUAUGGAGGACCACGUGAAGAAUAAGGAUCGCUUGCUGAAGGAGUGGGAAGCAUUGUGCUCCUACCAAGCAGAACCCAGUACCGUGUCUGUCGCUCAAAAUGAAUCAAACAUUAAAAAGAACCGCUGUCCUGACUCUGUACCAUAUGAUCACUCUCGGGUGAAACUAAAGGCAGAAGUUAACCCCUCAAGAGCUGACUACAUUAAUGCAAGCACCAUAAUUGAACACGACCCCAGAAUGCCAGCGUACAUCGCCACCCAAGGACCACUCUCGCAUACCAUCUCUGACUUUUGGCAGAUGGUCUGGGAGAAUGGAUGUACUGUGAUUGUGAUGAUGACCGCGCUUGUUGAGGACGGAGAGAAGCAGUGUGAUCGCUACUGGCCUGAUGAGGGCUCAUCCCUCUACCACAUCUAUGAGGUGAACCUGGUGUCCGAGCACAUCUGGUGCAAUGAUUUCCUAGUACGGAGCUUCUACCUGAAAAAUGUGCAGUCGCAGGAGACACGCACUCUCACCCAGUUCCACUUUCUGAGCUGGCCUGCACAGGGUAUCCCAACCUCCACACGCCCUCUGCUGGACUUCCGCAGGAAGGUAAAUAAAUGCUACAGAGGACGCUCCUGCCCCAUUAUUGUCCAUUGCAGUGAUGGGACAGGUCGGACUGGAACAUAUAUCUUGAUUGACAUGGUUCUGAACCGCAUGGCAAAAGGGGUGAAGGAAAUAGAUAUCGCUGCAACCCUGGAGCAUAUUCGUGACCAGAGACCAGGAAUGGUGCGCACAAAGGACCAGUUUGAGUUCGCUCUGACCGCUGUGGCUGAAGAAGUCAAUGCCAUUCUUAAAGCUCUUCCCCAGUGAGAACUAAACAUAUUGCUGAAAACCACACAGACAGACAAAGACAGACACACACGGUCUAUACAAAAUACAUUCAUGCAUGAGCAACUACUACCUAGUCCUCAUGUGUCCGAUUCUGCAUCCAAAACACUCCAGCAUGUACGAGUGUGCACACACAAACACACACACACCUGUACAACCAGCACCCAGCCUGACUUCUUUCCUAAAAUUAUCUGCAGUUUUUCAAACAUAAAGAAUCUCAACCACACUGAGACACUUUAUUUCAGGAAAUCAAACCUGUACUUUCAGGAUUACUCCUUAUUGAUUGUCUCGGUAUAAAAAAUGGAACGAGUUGCGUAAUCCUACGUUCCUCGUAUUUGCUCUGCCUCCAAUUACUCUUGUAUCCAUAGUGAUGGUUUGUCUCCAAUUUUACCUCAGCAGUGCUGUUGUGUGUUUUUUCCAGGAUUCUCUUGCCUGCAGUUGCAUUAGUGAACAUGAGGGUGGGUUGGUUUAGGGACCUCAGGUCACGAUCCGGUACGACCCAACUGGGUGGGUGAAAGGUGUUUGAUGGAAAAUGGUUCCUACUCAUUGUGACUGAAUGACCUCACUUUGUUCCUCUGUCUUCUCUAUACCCCAUUCCCGUACAUUCUGACCUUCUUGAUUGUAAUUGUUCUUUUCUUCUUGCAUUUCAGCAUAAAAAAAAGAUUAAAAAAAAUAUGUAUCAGAGUAAUUAUAUAUAUAAAUUAAUUUUGUAUUUUGUGGUGAUUAAUAAAACAGUUCUGUGUA